AUGUCAUUUUAUUGGUGUGGACAUCUCAGUUUCUUGUCUGUAUUGUGUCUGGUGUCCGUGUAUGUGCUUUAUAGCAAAUGAGUGACAAACUCUCCCCACAAAAUUUAACAUUUUUAUAUGCCAAAGUCGGCGAUCGAAAAAUCCUUAACUCUUUAUUACUAGUAUAUGAAAAAUUUUCAAUCGAGACAAUAAAAUUCUUCGACAAAAAUUAGUAAUCGCUAAAUGAAUCUUAUUCCAUAAUAAAAUCAGAGAAAAAUAAAAAAUAAAAUAGAAAUUAAAUUGAUGAUAAAAAGAUCUGUCACUAAAUUUCUCUCUCUCUCUGAAUUUGCACAACUCACUCUCUCGUACUCUGUCUCACACUUUCCACCACUGUCACUAUUUCAUCAUCUUCUCUUCUUGGAGUUUCCAAUUCCAAAAAUGGAUGACCCAAAAACCGAUUAUCGUCAAUUCUUCAUAGAAGAUACCGAUUUCUACAACCGCAUUGUAUUAAGUUUCUUGUUACCACAAUCCUUGUGGGUCCCACUUCCUCGGUUCUUCCAAACAUGGCUUCGAAAUUACAUUGGUGGCGUUCUUCUUUACUUCAUUUCUGGUUUCUUAUGGUGCUUCUACAUUUACUAUUGGAAACGCAACGUUUAUCUUCCUAAAGAUGCAAUUCCGUCACGUAGAGCCAUGCUCUUGCAAAUAGGGGUUGCUAUGAAAGCCAUGCCUUGGUACAGUUUGCUUCCGACUAUAUCUGAGUAUCUGACAGAAAUUGGCUGGACAAAAUCUUUUCCUAGAAUAGAUAAUGUUGGUUGGGUUGCAUAUGUUGGUUAUUUAGCGAUUUAUAUGGUUAUUGUAGAGUUCGGUAUUUAUUGGAUGCACCGAGAGCUGCAUGACAUAAAACCACUUUACAAAUAUCUUCAUGCGACGCAUCACAUCUAUAAUAAACAGAAUACUCUCUCCCCAUUUGCUGGUUUGGCUUUUCAUCCUCUUGAUGGAAUACUUCAAGCAUUACCACAUAGCCUUGCUUUGUUUAUCGUUCCAGUCCAUUUUAUUGCACAUUUGGCACUCUUAUUCAUUGAAGGUGUUUGGACUGCAAAUAUUCAUGAUUGCAUUCAUGGAAAAUUGUGGCCUGUUAUGGGAGCUGGUUACCACACUAUUCAUCAUACAACGUAUCGGCAUAACUACGGUCAUUACACCAUAUGGAUGGAUUGGAUGUUUGGUACUCUUCGUGAUCCCGAAGAAGACGAAGGCAAAGCGAUGUGAGUGAUUGACUAGUUUGCAUGAUGAAGGUUCAACUCGUCUCGUUUCGCUUUCAUUUGUUAACUGUUGUCUUUGACUGUAAAGCAUAAAAAUGUUGAAUGUAUUUUUGUUUUGUGGUUCACUAGAAAGUAGAGACAAGGUUGAGGGUCAAAAUGGGGGGCUUCCCUAAUCUGACUCAAUUGUUACUUUGUAUACUACAUUUUUUAUUUUAUGUGGUUAUUUUCUUUCUCAAA